AUGGAGGUGUCAGUUGACACCUAUAUCGGCAAGCGCAAUACGGCUCGUUAUCAGAAGCUGGUGCAAGAGGGCGUCGAAGUUCUUAUUGCCGAUGUCAUCGCUCCGCACCUCAAGGCCAUUGAGCUUGACUGCAAGAAGUUCCUUUUCGUGAACAGGAUGCGCGCGUUGCUGGAACUGGACAAUGGCCUUGAUACGGACCGCACGUCGUACCACUUGGCACUGAACUGGGCGCGGUCGGGCUAUGAUGUGGAGCCUGACUCGGUGCGCUCAGAGGAGUGGAUUAACGCAUUCAACUACAACUACGCGCAGCCGUCGAGGGAUGAUAGUUUCGCGGUGCAUACCGAUUUAAUCCCGCAUCCGCUGGAUGACGACAAAGUGCUGGCACGCAUUGGCUUCCAAGCGCCGGAGCUGCGCGAUGACGGCAGGCCGCUGAAUGUUACGCUGGUGCUGGAUGCGUCGGGAUCUAUGGCGGACGGCGACAGGGUGGAUAUUGCGCGUGAGGCUGCGGAGAGCAUUCGCAAGAGCCUGAGCGGAGACGACCGAAUAGCGGUGGUCCACUUUACGGAAGAUGCGGGUCUGGACCUUGGCGUCAGACUGGCGCAUGAGGCUCGGCGCGAGCGUCCCGAGGCGCACAACUAUGUCAUCCUGAUGUCGGACGGCGUGGCGAAUGUAGAUGCGACGAAUCCGUUCGCCAUACUGGAGUCGGCGGGCGACUACGACAACGCGAACCCGCUGCGUCUCAUCACGAUCGGCGUGGGCAUCGAGAACUACAACGACUACCUUCUGGAGCAGUUGGCGCAGCACGGCAACGGCUGGUACCGCUACCUGAACGACACGGGACAGGCGCGCGCGACAUUCAGCCGCGAGAACUGGCUUGCGCUGUCGAUACCGUUUGCGGACCAGACGCGGGCGCAGAAUCGCAUUACGGCGGACGAGAACUUCACGCAGGCGCGCAAGGAGUUCGCGGAGAUACCUUCGGGCGCGGCAACGACGGUGUUCUAUGAGCUGGAACUGGUGGACUAUGCGGCGCGGGGCGAUGUGCUGAACCUGGGCGAUGUGGAAGUGCGCUGGGUUACGCCGGUGGUCAAUGAGGCGAACCGUCAGCACGCGCAGAUACUGGCGCAGUACAGUGAUGCGCCGAAUAACAGGGAUGGCGCGCUGCUACAGUUGGGGGCGCUGGUUGCGCUGGCGUCGGACAGGUACAGCAGCCUGCCGUAUCCGGACGCGCCGUAUGAUGUGCAUGACGAUAUUGCGAUGCUGAAAGAUGAUCUGCGGUCGCUCGACAGGCACAUCGGGGAACUGGCGGCGUACCGGGAUUUCUCGUUCCUGAUGGAGCAUAUAGCGCGGGACAUUCCGAAGCAGGCUUCGGGGUAUAGCCGGUAG